AUGGCAUUACUUGUCUCCUACGCUGACUCUUUCGAUCAGUUAGGGCCGCAAGGGAGCCACCGUGUCGAAGAUCUGACGCUGCAUGUCGCCACUAAAUCACUUAUGACUCAGGCACAAGCACUCCGUGCCCACAUAACCCGUAUCGUUCAAGCUGGCGUGUUGUUAGCGGCUUCCGAGUAUGCCCAUGGUCAUCCGGAGCAGGCUUUCGUGAUGAUUGGAAGCUAUGCGCUGAUGGCGCAUACAGCUCAGCCCUGA